CCAUCUCUACCAGGACUGCCCAGGGGACCCCAGCCAGCCCUUGCGCCCCUUCCCACGCCCCAGGGCCUCUGCUGCCGCCGCAGCCAUGUCUAUGGGCUUGGAAAUCGCCGGGUUGUCCCUGGCCGUGCUGGGCUGGGUGAGCACCAUCUUGUGCUGCGCGCUGCCCAUGUGGCGGGUGACGGCCUUCAUAGGCUCCAGCAUCGUGACGGCGCAGAUCGUCUGGGAGGGUCUGUGGAUGAACUGCGUGGUGCAGAGCACGGGCCAGAUGCAGUGCAAGAUGUACGACUCGCUGCUGGCCCUGCCCCAGGACCUGCAGGCGGCUCGCGCCAUGAUUGUCGUGGCCAUCCUGCUGGCCGCGCUCGCGCUCCUUGUGGCCAUGACGGGCGCGCAGUGCACCAACUGCGUGGAGGACGACACCGUCAAGGCCAAGAUCACCAUCGUGGCGGGCGUCGUCUUCCUGCUGGCCGGCCUGCUCGCGCUCAUCCCGGUGUCGUGGUCGGCCAACACCAUCAUCCGGGACUUCUACAACCCCGUGGUGCCCGAACCGCAGAAGCGGGAGAUGGGCGCCGGGCUCUACGUGGGCUGGGCGGCCUCGGCGCUGCAGCUGCUGGGCGGGGCGAUACUGUGCUGCUCCUGCCCACCCAAGGAGAAGAAGUACCCGCCCGCCAAGAUCCUCUACUCGGCCCCGCGCUCCACCGCCACCACCGCAGCCGGUAUGGGGUCCAACUACGACCGCAAAGACUACGUGUGAGUCCGCGCCCGCCAAGCCACGCCGUGGACCCCCGACG